AUGACAGAACCAGGUCCACUUCGAGUUCUGGUCAUUGUUUCACAGCGAAGCUCCUUGAUAUCUAAAGCCCGCCAGUCACCUCAAGAUCUGAUACCAUUAGCUACCCACCUUUUGAAGAAAAAUGGUAUCUCAAGAGGUUCCAGAGACCUAUCAGCACCCAUGGAACCUCGUCUAGUCGCCGUCCAACAAUGGCGAACACGAGUCUUUAUAGUCUUCGAUAUUGCACAUACCGAGUACAACGUCAAGCUUGGCCAUCUUCCAGAACAUAACCAGCUGCCUGUAGUUGUCACUCAUUUCAGCAAGAAGAAGACAGCAUAUACGGCUAACCCAUGGGUAUCACGACGAGUCAAUCAUGAUGUUGCCAUGUUACACAACGCCAAUGGUUUCGAUGCGGUUCCGCCUUUUGUGGAAGAUCAUUCAUCGGGGGUCCCGCCCUCAUAUAACCGUCCGCGAGAUAUUAGUAUGCUACAGGUCACGUACAUCUAG